UUAAAAAUAUGACGUCACCGUUUUCCGUUCUCUUUUUCCGCUGACAGAGAGGAAGUUUGGCAGUUUAAGUCCAACAUCCACUGAUAAACUACGAUGGCCGAGGAAGGCGUUGCUGCUGGAGGUGUGAUGGAUGUUAACACCGCUCUUCAGGAAGUGCUGAAGACCGCACUCAUCCACGAUGGCUUAGCCCGCGGUAUCCGUGAAGCCGCCAAAGCGCUGGACAAACGUCAAGCCCACCUCUGCGUCCUUGCUGGCAACUGCGAUGAACCCAUGUAUGUGAAGCUUGUGGAAGCUCUCUGUGCUGAGCAUCAAAUCAACCUUAUUAAGGUUGAUGACAACAAGAAGCUUGGUGAGUGGGUGGGCCUCUGCAAGAUUGACAGAGAGGGCAAGCCCCGCAAGGUUGUUGGUUGCAGUUGUGUAGUCAUCAAGGAUUAUGGCAAGGAAUCUCAAGCCAAGGAUGUCAUUGAAGAGUACUUCAAGGCUAAGAAAUAAUGCAAAUAAACAUUUGAAAUUGCAA